GCCGCCGCCGCCAGCAGCCACCACAACAAAAGCGGCGUGGACCCUCCCGCCGCCCCCGCCGCCGCGUCGGGGGCCGCCGCCAUGGAGGAAGUAUUUGGUGAUGCAUCUCCAGGAAAACAAAAAGAAAUCCAAGAAACAGAUCCCACUUACGAAGAAAAAAUGCAAACUGAUCGAGCGAACAGAUUUGAGUAUCUGUUGAAGCAGACUGAGCUGUUUGCACAUUUCAUUCAGCCUGCUGCGCAAAAAACUCCCACGUCACCUCUGAAGAUGAAACCGGGACGCCCCCGAAUAAAGAAGGAUGAAAAGCAGAAUCUUCUGUCAGUUGGCGACUACCGGCAUCGUAGAACUGAACAAGAAGAAGAUGAGGAGCUGUUAACUGAAAGUUCCAAGGCAACCAAUGUGUGCACGCGAUUUGAAGAUUCUCCAUCAUAUGUAAAGUGGGGUAAACUGAGAGAUUAUCAAGUACGAGGACUAAAUUGGCUCAUUUCUUUGUAUGAGAAUGGUAUCAAUGGGAUCCUCGCAGAUGAAAUGGGUCUGGGGAAGACACUUCAAACCAUUUCUCUUCUUGGGUACAUGAAACACUAUAGAAAUAUUCCUGGCCCACAUAUGGUAUUGGUUCCCAAGUCUACUCUACACAACUGGAUGAAUGAGUUCAAGAGAUGGGUCCCAACACUUCGAUCUGUGUGCUUAAUUGGUGAUAAAGAACAGAGAGCUGCCUUUGUCAGAGAUGUCUUGUUACCUGGAGAAUGGGAUGUGUGUGUAACAUCAUAUGAAAUGCUCAUCAAAGAAAAGUCGGUGUUCAAAAAGUUUAACUGGCGGUAUUUAGUUAUAGAUGAAGCCCACAGAAUCAAAAAUGAAAAAUCUAAGUUGUCAGAAAUAGUGAGGGAAUUCAAGACUACGAAUCGACUGCUGUUGACAGGAACACCACUUCAGAACAACUUGCAUGAGCUCUGGGCACUUCUCAACUUUCUGUUGCCAGAUGUCUUUAACUCAGCUGAUGACUUUGAUUCAUGGUUUGAUACAAAUAACUGCCUCGGGGAUCAAAAACUAGUUGAACGUCUUCAUAUGGUUUUGCGGCCAUUCCUCCUCCGAAGAAUUAAGGCUGAUGUGGAAAAGAGUUUACCUCCAAAGAAGGAAGUUAAAAUUUAUGUUGGUCUCAGUAAAAUGCAAAGAGAAUGGUACACGAGAAUCCUGAUGAAGGACAUAGACAUAUUAAACUCUGCAGGAAAAAUGGACAAGAUGAGGCUUUUGAACAUUCUUAUGCAGUUGCGGAAGUGCUGCAAUCAUCCAUAUCUCUUUGAUGGAGCAGAACCUGGUCCUCCUUACACAACAGAUAUGCAUCUAGUUACUAAUAGUGGAAAAAUGGUGGUACUGGAUAAACUCCUUCCUAAAUUGAAAGAGCAAGAUUCACGAGUACUGAUUUUCAGUCAGAUGACAAGAGUUUUAGAUAUUUUGGAAGAUUACUGCAUGUGGAGAAAUUAUGAGUACUGCAGGUUGGAUGGGCAGACACCUCAUGAUGAGAGACAAGACUCCAUCAACGCCUACAAUGAACCAAACAGCUCCAAAUUUGUAUUUAUGCUGAGCACCCGUGCCGGGGGUCUUGGCAUCAAUCUUGCUACUGCUGAUGUUGUAAUUUUAUAUGACUCUGACUGGAAUCCACAAGUAGAUCUUCAGGCUAUGGAUCGGGCACAUAGAAUUGGACAAACCAAGACUGUUAGAGUAUUCAGAUUUAUCACCGACAACACAGUGGAGGAAAGAAUAGUAGAGCGUGCUGAGAUGAAACUCAGAUUGGAUUCAAUAGUUAUUCAACAAGGAAGGCUAGUGGAUCAAAAUCUGAAUAAAAUUGGGAAAGACGAAAUGCUGCAAAUGAUCCGGCACGGGGCAACACAUGUGUUUGCUUCAAAGGAAAGUGAGAUUACUGACGAGGAUAUCGAUGGUAUCUUGGAAAGAGGUGCAAAGAAGACCGCAGAAAUGAAUGAAAAACUUUCCAAGAUGGGUGAAAGCUCACUCAGAAACUUUACAAUGGAUACAGAAUCCAGUGUUUAUAACUUCGAAGGAGAGGACUAUAGAGAAAAGCAAAAGAUGGCAUUCACAGAGUGGAUUGAACCACCCAAGCGAGAAAGAAAAGCCAACUAUGCAGUUGAUGCAUAUUUCAGGGAAGCUCUUCGUGUCAGUGAACCCAAAGCACCCAAGGCUCCUCGACCACCAAAACAACCCAAUGUUCAGGAUUUCCAGUUCUUUCCACCACGCUUAUUUGAAUUGUUGGAAAAAGAAAUUCUGUAUUACAGAAAAACCAUUGGGUACAAGGUACCUAGAAACCCUGACCUUCCAAAUGCAGCCCAAGCUCAGAAAGAAGAACAGCUCAAAAUUGAUGAAGCUGAACCCCUUAAUGAUGAAGAGUUAGAAGAGAAGGAAAAGCUGCUAACACAGGGUUUUACCAACUGGAAUAAACGAGAUUUUAACCAGUUCAUCAAAGCUAAUGAGAAGUGGGGCCGUGAUGACAUAGAAAAUAUAGCGAGAGAAGUGGAAGGCAAAACCCCAGAGGAAGUCAUUGAGUACUCAGCUGUCUUCUGGGAAAGAUGCAAUGAACUCCAAGACAUUGAGAAGAUUAUGGCUCAGAUUGAAAGGGGAGAAGCAAGAAUUCAAAGAAGAAUCAGUAUCAAAAAAGCACUUGACACAAAGAUUGGACGAUACAAAGCACCUUUCCACCAGCUGAGAAUUUCCUAUGGUACUAACAAAGGUAAAAACUACACAGAGGAAGAGGAUCGAUUUCUAAUCUGCAUGCUUCACAAACUUGGAUUUGACAAGGAAAAUGUUUAUGAUGAACUACGACAGUGCAUUCGCAACUCUCCUCAGUUCAGAUUCGAUUGGUUCCUCAAGUCCAGGACGGCAAUGGAGCUUCAGAGGAGGUGCAACACCUUAAUCACCUUGAUUGAAAGAGAAAACAUGGAACUGGAAGAAAAAGAAAAGGCAGAGAAAAAGAAACGAGGACCAAAGCCUUCGGCCCAGAAACGUAAACUGGAUGGAGCACCCGAUGGCCGAGGAAGGAAAAAGAAGCUAAAACUGUGAAAGGAGAAUUGUUUUAUAAUCACUAAAUUUAAAAGUAGUUCUUUAAUUUACGGGUCUUCAUAAGAUGUACUGUACAAUGCUCAACUAUUAUGUCAUUAAAGGACAUCGGGUUCAUCUGUUUACUGAAUUAGAAACAUAGUACUUAAUGUAGUUUCACUUUUUUAAAUGCAACAGCUGUGCUGAAAUUUUUUUUACCAUUAACACUUGAAGUAAUAAAAUAGGCUUCAUUUAUUAAUAAAU